GUCUAACGACAGGCGUCCCGUACUGGGACUGGACACAAGAGCUAUACGACCUGCCAGAGUUGGUGCGGGAGAACGUCCUUCCUAACCCCUCGGGGGGAAAGAAUCUGGACAACCCCUGGUACCAGGGAGACGUGCGCGUGGGCGACAAGGUCUACCACACCACCAGGGCUAUCGAUGCUAGGCUAUACCAGCGGGUAGCUGCAGGGGAACACACCGACCUCUUUGAACAAGUACUGAAUUCCUUUGAAUACACAAGUUUCUGUCAGUUCGAGGUUCAGUUUGAAGUCGCCCACAACUACAUCCAUUCCCUGGUCGGUGGUCGAAGCCAGUAUUCCUUGUCUAGCCUCGAGUACACAGUUUACGAUCCCAUCUUCUUCCUUCAUCACUCCAAUGUCGAACGAUUGUUCCAGAUUUAUAAUGAAGUUCAGAAGUACAGAGGAUUUGGAG